AAUUUCUAAUGAAAUAAUGGAUACCAAAGAAGUUCAAAAGAACCAUUCUUCAUCAAUAUUAAGUAGAUUUCAUGCUGGUUAUUUUAGAAUAAGCCUUUCUUUAUGUAGCCAAGCGUUAUUAUGGAAAACAUUAAGUGAGCCAUCGGAUGAUAUUCAUAAGUUUCGAAAUAUUUUUCGAAUGCUUCCUUCUACAGCUUUCAUUCUUCUAUGGUCUAUAGCUUUAUUCUCAUUACUAUCACUCUCUUUACUAUAUCUUCUUCGUGUCCUCUUUCAUUUUGACAUGGUUAAAAGUGAAUUCUUGCACCAUGUUGGAGUCAAUUACCUUUACGCCCCGUGGAUUUCAUGGCUUGUCUUGCUACAAGCAACCCCAUUCUUCAAACGUGAAGGGGUUUGUUUUCUUGUACUUUGUUGGAUCUUUAUUGUACCUAUAGUGGCACUAGAUAUCAAGAUAUAUGGACAAUGGAUUACAAAGGGGAAGCGCUUUCUAUCAGGAGUCGCGAAUCCCACGAGUCAAUUAUCGGUUAUUGGGAAUUUGGUAGGAGCAAGGGCAGCUGCUGAAAUGGGAUGGAAUGAGAGUGCACUAUUAUUGUUUGCAAUUGGAAUGUCACAUUAUUUAGUUCUAUUUGUCACACUUUAUCAGAGGUUGCCAGGAAGUAGUUCAAUUCCAGCAAUGCUAAGGCCAGUAUUUUUCUUGUUCUUGGCUGCUCCAAGCAUGGCUAGCUUAGCAUGGGAUUCUAUUUAUGGAAAGUUUGAUUCUUCAUCCAAGAUGCUCUUCUUCCUCUCCAUUUUCCUCUUCCUAUCACUGGUAUCAAGACCAGCCUUAUUUAAGAGAUCAAUGAGGAAAUUUAAUGUAUCAUGGUGGGCAUAUUCUUUCCCUUUAACAGUGAUGGGAAUGGCAUCAACUAAAUAUGCUCAAGAAAUGAAGAACACUGCUUCACACAUAUUAAUGCUUCUUCUUUCUGGACUAUCAGUCAUAGUAUCACUUGUCUUGAUGAUUUUUACUGCAUUAAAUUCCAGUUCACUUUUACCCUGUGAUGGUGAUGAUUCAAUGUAUUGCAUUAGUAUUAAUCAACGAUCGUCAAUUGUAUAAUUGUAACUAUUUUUUAAUUAAUUAAUUAAUUUAUGUUCGAA